GGAAGCAGCGCGUAUUUUUGGGUGCAAACCCCGGACUUUGCAAAACAAUCUCCGCCCCCAAGAGGAUAUUUAAUCUGCAGUAGAAAUCGCUACUCGCGGAGGCAAACUUGAGACGGGGAAGGGGUGCGGAGCGGAGGAAGGGGACCCCGGGCCCCCGGCCGGCCCCGCGGAGCCCGAGCCCCCCGAGGGAAGAUGCGUUUCUGUUUCCCGGCGGCUGCUCUCGGGACGAGACUUUCGCCUGGACUGAUCGGGACUGGACUUUUUAAGGACGCGCUUCCCCAUCUAAGGGCGAUUUGGGCAUAAACAGCGACGCAAACUCUGAUUUGGUGCUGGAAGCUGCCUCUGCCACUGAACAGCUGCUCUCACCCUGCUUCUGGCCCUCCCCUGUCCCGUUCUCAAAAGAGGAUCCCGAGCUAGUUUGCUUUUUCUGUUUGAUUGUUUUUUAAUUGUUGUUGCAUUAAUUUUAUUUUAGGUGGUUGUCUUUCCCGGCUGGCUUGGCUGUUUUGGGGUCUUGCGGACUGCUAGCUGCAGUAACAGCUCCACCGCCUCUCAUCAUGGCUAGCCCCACAGAUAAUAACGAGGGCUUCUUCUCAGAUGUCAGAAAGGUGGGUUACUUGCGCAAACCCAAGAGCAUGCAUAAACGCUUUUUUGUGCUGAGGGCAGCCAGUGAGUCUGGACCCGCCCGGCUGGAGUAUUACGAGAAUGAGAAGAAAUGGAGGCACAAGUCAGGGGCCCCCAAGCGCUCCAUCCCACUAGAAAGCUGCUUCAACAUCAACAAACGGGCUGACUCCAAGAACAAGCACCUGGUGGCCCUCUACACUAAGGACGAGCACUUUGCCAUUGCAGCUGACAGCGAGCCUGAACAGGAGAGCUGGUACCAAGCGCUGCUGCAAUUGCACAACAGGGCCAAGGGCCACCACCACCUCCACCACCAUCACCACCACCACCACAGUGACGUCACCUUCGGAGGCAGCAGCGUGGGGCUGGGGGAGGCAGGUGAGGACAGCUAUGGUGAGGUAGCCCCUGGCCCAGCUUUUAAGGAAGUUUGGCAAGUAAUUCUGAAGCCUAAGGGCCUAGGCCAGACAAAGAACCUGAUUGGCAUCUACCGCCUGUGCCUGACUAACAAGACCAUCAGCUUUGUGAAGCUGAAUUCGGAUGCGGCUGCUGUGGUGCUGCAGCUGCUCAAUAUCCGCCGCUGUGGUCACUCUGAGAACUUCUUCUUCAUCGAGGUGGGGCGCUCAGCCGUCACUGGGCCUGGUGAGUUCUGGAUGCAGGUGGACGACUCGGUGGUGGCACAGAACAUGCAUGAAACCAUCCUAGAGGCUAUGCGAGCCAUGAGCGAGGAAUUCCGGCCCCGCAGCAAGAGCCAGUCCUCGUCGAACUGUUCCAACCCCAUCUCUGUGCCCCUUCGCAGCAGGCACCAUGUCAACAACCCUCCGCCCAGCCAGGUGGGGCUGAGUCGCCGGUCCAGGACCGAGAGCGUCACGGCCACCUCUCCUGCUGGUGGUGGGGGUGGAGGUACGGGUGGCAAACCCAGCUCUUUCCGGGUUCGAGCAUCGAGCGACGGGGAAGGCACGAUGUCAAGGCCUGCUUCUGUGGAUGGUAGCCCAGUUAGUCCCAGUGCCAACCGGACCCACUCGCAUAGGCACCGCGGCAACUCCAGGCUCCAUCCUCCGCUCAACCACAGCCGGUCCAUCCCGAUGCCUUCCUCACGCUGCUCUCCUUCGGCCACCAGUCCAGUCAGCCUCUCAUCCAGCAGCACUAGCGGCCACGGCUCCACCUCGGAUUGCCUGUUUCCACGAAGGUCUAGUGCUUCGGUUUCAGGCUCCCCUAGCGAUGGUGGAUUUAUUUCUUCUGACGAGUAUGGUUCCAGCCCGUGUGACUUCCGCAGCUCUUUUCGCAGCGUGACUCCGGAUUCGUUGGGGCACACCCCACCAGCUCGGGGCGAUGAGGAGCUCAACUAUAUCUGCAUGGGGGGAAAGGCCACCUCCUCUUGCUGCAGCCUGGCAGCCCCCAAUGGCCACUUCGUCCCACGCAGCUGCCACCCGCAGCAGCAGUCCCGCUACCCUGGUACACCGUGCUGUCCUCGAGGCGGUAGCGAGGAGGUUGCCGACUUGGAGAAGGCGUUCAGGAAGCGGACUCACUCAGCAGGCACUUCGCCCACCAUCUCCCACCAGAAGACACCCUCGCAGUCUUCGGUGGCCUCCAUCGAGGAGUACACGGAGAUGCUGCCUUCGUACCCCUGUGGCAGCAGCCGGCUGCCCUCCUACCGGCACUCGGCCUUCGUGCCCACUCACUCCUACCCAGAGGAGUGCCUGGAGAUGCACCACCUGGAGGGCGGCCAUCAUCGGACCAACUCCGCCCCGCACACAGAUGAUGGCUACAUGCCCAUGUCGCCUGGCGUAGCCCCCGUGCCCAGCGGUGGGGGGGCCCCCAAGGGCGGCGACUACAUGCCCAUGAGUCCCAAGAGCGUGUCGGCCCCCCAGCAGAUCAUCAACCCCGGCAGGGGGGGCCGCCACCCUCCAGCCACGGUGGACUCCAACGGCUACAUGAUGAUGUCUCCCAGCGGCAGCUACUCCCCUGAUGGUGGCUCGGCGGGCUAUGGCAAGAUCUGGACGAACGGUGCCGGCCACCACCCGAAACUCUCGGUGGAGAGCAAUGAAGGGAAGCUCCCCUGCGGCGGCAGCGACUACAUCAACAUGUCCCCAGCCAGCGGCUCCACCACCAGCACCCCGCCGGACUGCUACUUCGGGGGCGCGGGGCAGCCGGGUGUGGAGGAGGCCGCCGCCGCCGCCCACCACAAACCCAUCUACUCCUACUUCUCGCUGCCGCGCUCCUUCAAGCACAUGCACCGGCGGGGCGGCGGCGGGCCGGCGGCGGCGGGCGAGGAGGGCAGCCCCCAGCCCCGCAUCGCGCUCGGCUCCGGCCGCCUCCUCUACGCCGCCGAGGACUCGUCGUCCUCCACCAGCAGCGACAGCCUGGGCGGCGGCGGCGGCGCGGAGGGCGGCCCCCCGCAGGCGCAGCCCCCGCGCAAGGUGGACACGGCGGUGCAGACCAAGGGCCGCCUGGCGCGACCCACGCGGCUGUCGCUGGGCGGCCCCAAGGCCAGCACCCUGCCGCGGGCCCGGGAGCAGCCGCCGCUCCUCCUGCCGCCGGAGCCCAAGAGUCCCGGCGAGUACGUCAACAUCGAGUUCAUCGCCGGCGAGAAGCCGGCCUUCCCCGCGGCCGCCCUGGGGCUGGGGUUGCCGCCGCCGCCGGGCGACGAGGCCGCCGAGGAGUACAUGAACAUGGAGCUGGGGCCGCCGCGGGGCCCCUGCCCGGCCGGCUUCGGCGCGGCGCGGGCGGCCAGCGCGGCCCGGCCCGGCCGAGGCGCGGCCCCCGGCGGCCGGGACUACGUGACGAUGCAGCUGGGGGGCGCCGCCGCCGGGGGCUCCUGCCCGGACUGCGCCGACAGCCCUUCCCCCUGCUCGCCCGCCCGCCUGCUCAGCUACGCCGACGUGCGGGCGGGCCGCUCCGCCGCCGAGAAGCCCCCGCCGGCGGCGGCGGUGGCGGCGGCCUCCCCGGAGCUGCCGCGGCCGCCGGCCGAGCUGUCGGCGGCGCCGCCGCGCUCCUCCUCCCUGCUCGGGGGCCCCGGCGCGGGCAGCGCCUUCACCCGCGUCAGCCUGAGCCCCGGCCGCAACCAGAGCGCCAAGGUGAUCCGCGCCGACCCGCAGGGCGGCCGCCGGCGGCACAGCUCCGAGACCUUCUCGUCCACGCCGAGCGCUGCCCGCGGGGCGGCGGCGGGCGGCGGCGGGGGGCUCGGGGCGCCCUUCCCCUGCGGCGGCGCGGGGGGCGCCGAGGAGGUGAAGCGCCACAGCUCGGCCUCCUUCGAGAACGUCUGGCUGCGGCCCGCCGCGGAGGAGGCGGCCGGCGCCCCCGCUGCCCGCCGGGAGCCGGGCCCCGCGCCCGCCCUGGAGAACGGGCUCAACUACAUCGACCUGGACUUGGUGAAGGACUUCAGCCACCGCCGCCGCCACCACCUGCACCCCGCCGCCGAGGGCGCCGCUCUGCCGGGCGGGAAGCAGCCGCCGCCGCCGAAGCCCCCGGGCCAGCCUCGCGGGAGCGGCCACUCCAGCGACGACCUAAGCGCGUACGCCAGCAUCAGCUUCCAGAAGCGGGAGGAGAUGUAGGAGCCGGGCGCCCGCCG